AGUUAAACCCUACUGAGAUAAGGGUUUUACAAAGAGACAAUCAUGAAGGUGGUUCCCUUUCUGGGUCGUCCUCGACAUUCUAAGCUUCCGGCUGAAAUCCAAAUCUCGUCUCUAUACGAUAGAAUUCAGGCUGUUCGAGACCCUAAGGCUUCGAUUUCACCACUCCUCAAUCAAUGGAUAGAAGAAGGCCAAACAGUCAGCAAACCCCAACUCCAAUCACUUGUUCGGAUCAUGAAAGAUUUCAGACGCUUCCAUCAUGCCCUAGAGAUAUCUCAGUGGAUGACUGACCGUCGGUAUUUCACAUUAACUCCGAGUGAUGCAGCAAUCAGAUUGGGUUUGAUCUCCAUGGUUCAUGGACGAGAGCAGGCAGAGAGUUACUUUAAUAAUAUCCCAAAUAAUUUAAAAACUUCCCGUGUGUAUGGUGCUCUUCUCAGUGGCUAUGUGCGAGAGAAAUCUGUGGAGAAAGCAGAAGCCACUAUGCAGAAAAUGAGAGAGAUGGAUUUUGCAACAUCAUCUUUUCCUUACAAUAUGUUGAUCAACCUUUACUCUCAAACUGGAAAUCAUGGCAAGAUUGAGGCAUUGAUUCAAGAAAUGCAAAGGAAGGCAAUUCCAUGUGAUGCAUUCACAGUAAGCAAUCUUAUGGUUGCUUAUGUUGCGGCAUCUGAUAUUUCUGCAAUGGAAAAGUUAUUGAAUCGGAUGGAAGAGGAUCCCCACAUUUCUGUUGAUUGGAACAUAUAUUCAGUUGCAGCAAGUGGGUAUCUGAAAGUUGGGUUGAUUGACAAGGCCUUGGAAAUGUUAAAGAAGAUAGAGAACAACACGCCCCAUCUAGAAAGGCUUUCUGCUUUCAAGUUUCUCCUUUCUCUCUAUGCACGCACUGGCCACAAGCAAGAGCUCUACAGAGUUUGGAAUCUAUACAAGCCAUCAUAUGAAUACCCAGAAGCAUACUCCUGUAUGAUCACUUGUCUGACGAAACUGGAUGACAUUGAGGGGGCUGAGAAAAUCUUUCAGGAGUGGGAGUGUGAAUGCACCAUGUAUGACUUUCGGGUACUGAAUAGGCUUCUCAGUGCUUAUUGCAAGAGGUGCCUCUUUGACAAGGCAGAAUCCCUUGUAAAUAAGGUUAUAGAAGAAAGAAUGCCUUAUGCCAGUACUUGGAACAUCUUAGCUAAAGGUUAUGUGGAGGAUAAGCAAAUGCCUAAGGCAGUGGAAAUGUUGAAGAAAGCAAUAUCAGUAGGAAGGAAAGGGUGGAGGCCAGAUUCUAUCAUUUUGGAUGCCUGUAUAGAGUACUUGGAAGGGCAAGGAAACUUGGAAGAGAUCGAAGAAAUCGCAACGUUAUGCAAGAACUUAGGGAUUCCCAAUGGGGAUAUCCAUCACAGGUUACUUUGGACUUCUGCUGCAGGUGAAAAAUCUGUCUCUGCAAUCUCUUCAUAAGAUGAAAACGGUUAGUUUUACUGCUGAUGAGGAAAGAGAAGCAGAUCCUUUAAAUAUGCCAAAGUUUAUAGCAAACAGAAGUCCUUACAGGUCUAAGCUUUAAAGGUUUUAAGUAAAAGGGACCUUCAUUUUCCAUUCUGUCAUCAGUGAACAACUUCAGAGAUCAGCCAGUUGCUCAUCAAUGCCAUUUUUCUGUAACCUUGAAAAAGGAGAGUUAUCAUUGAAGGAAGAAAGCUUUAGCCCCCCAACCAUGAAGCCCAUUCACUGUUGCAGUCUGCUAUUUUUGUCAGACCUGAUGAGGUUAGUGUCAUCAGUUACUGUCCACACAAUUGAGAUUUUCUUCGUUGAACUUCAACAAAACUAUUAUCGAUCUCCCCAUUACUAACACUAUGCCUUCUGCAUCUGGCUGUAACUUCAGCGGUUCCCCUCUCCAUUGGUAUUUGUCGGUUUCAAUUAAACAAUGUUACUCAAAUGGAAAAACUAGUUAGGUUUUAUGAACUCAGCUAUUGAUUU